GAAGGGUGGAGAAAGCUUUGAAGUGGGGGUGAAAGGGGGAUGAGAAGGUGGUUGGAGUGUGGGAGAGACGGAUCGAGGGUGGCGUCCAAGUGAUUUCAUGGUGGCGCACGUAUCAAUUUAAGGGAUCGACGAGGGAUAAACGACGGAGAUUCUCGACUUAUCGCUAUCGAUAUUUCCACGUUAUUUCGAUUAACUAAUUUCCCUUUCAAUUUCUUUCAGCAUACAUACGUGUAUAAAUAAUAUAUCGAAUUCAACGAUAUCAACAUAUAAUAUAUCGAAAAAUGAAAGUUAAAUCGGUCGUGUUGAGUUAAUUAUCGUUAAAAAUUUAGAUGAGAGAUUCUAAAGGUAAGAUUCUUAUGGGAUAAAAGUUGGGCAGAUUUGUUACAAAUGAGAACGAAUGACGAAGACAACGAUCUAAUCCGAUAAAAGAAAAUCGAAAGAGAGACAGAGAGGUACGAAAAGACGAUUCCUGAAUGAGAAAAGAAAAGAGGAGGAUGAGAAGGAGGAGAAGGAAGGGGGAGAAGAGGGGAGAAAACUAGGGACACCGCGAGUAGAGGAAGCGCCACAGGCGUUCCCACGAAAAUCGCCCCUCCUGAUCUCUCAGCUCGUUCCCCUCAUGUUCGUGUAAAAGUCCCUCCCUCCCUCUCUCUCUCUCUCUCUCUCUUUCUCUCUUUCUCUUUUUUCUCUCUGUCUCUCUCUUUCUUUCUCUCUUUUCUUCCCUUCUAACUCUCGCCUUUGAUCCAUAGGGUUCCAGCGUAGCUUUCACCUUGGAGAAUCGUACAGGAGGAAAAGAGAAGAACCCAUAGUCCCCCCCACUCCUAAAAUAUAUGAGAAUUCCCCCACCACUGGGUCUGAAACAGGGCACGCGGCUCGUGUGCCGUCCCUGGGUCCUCCCGCACACGACAUACGUCCGCCGCCACGCGACCGAUGCACACGCGUGCGGGAGCUAGCAGUAGUAGCAGCAGCAGCAGCAGCAGCAGCACUAACAGCAGCAGCAACAGCAGCAGCAUCAACCAUAGCACUAGCUAGCAAUAGCAGCAGCAAAAGUAACUACGGCGAUAGUGUGUGCACACCCACCUUCUAUAUUCUACGCGACAACGGGGAUAAGUGCAUCCGCGAAGAAGUCCUCGCGAUAGCAAACUCAACAUAUCCAAAUCCUGACACGCGACCUCAGGAAGCUGUGCCACGUGUGAAUCGUGUGAUCGACAAGUGCAAUCCACAGUUGUUCUUUUUCUUCUUUUUUUUGUCUUCUCAUUAUUCCCAUUUCGUUCUUUUCUUUCCUUUCCUUUUUUCUUUCCUUUUUCUUGUUUUUUUCUUUUUUUGAUUUUUGUAUUUUCUUUUUUCAAUCUCGAUCGUUCUCCAUUUUGUAACAAGGAAGAAAAAAAAGUGACGUUAAUGAUUAAUCCGCGAUGUACGUCCAUCGAUGUGAAUCAAGGUAGAGUGUUCUACGAAGCAGAACUCCCAAAGAACUAAAUCGUUUUAAUGUCUACGUCUGAUUCAUUGGACCCACGAUUGUUAUUCAAGGUUAUUUAACGAUCGGCACAUUCGCUUGCUUGGUACCGCAAUGCGACUGAUAUGAUACUUCGUUCGUAUAACAGAAGCAUCGUUAUGGGAUCGAUAUUAUGCAUCAGAUAACAUCUAGCAAUUUUUAAAGUAUAUAUCGAUCGAUCAUCCUGGAUCAUACUUAAUCGUUAUACGAUUUUACGUACACUGCCUAUAACUAUAAAACUUCCAACAACGUUUCUUCUUCUUCUUCUUUUUUUUUUCUUCUUCUUCCUCUCUUUGAAACGACCGUCAAACAGUUAGUAAAAAAAUCUCGUGAGAAAAUGUGGCGAGUGGUCGUAGCACGUUCGGACGAGAACAGUACUUUGUUGUCCUCGGACAUUACUUCUGGUGCCGUAGCACCAACGCAUUUACCAUCCGGUCAUCAUUGGGGUUAUCCACCUCCACCGCAUCAUCCUCCUUAUCAACCGCAACAUCCUGACAUGCGUCAUCAUCACGAUAUGCGUCCACCACCUCCUGAUCUUCGUCAUCCACCACCAUCCAACAUAAACGAUAUCAGAACUCACGAAAUGCAGAGACCUGACCUUAGACAUCAAGAGAUGCAGAGACAUCAAGAAGCACAAAGACAUCAGGAUAUGCAUAGAUCGGAUAUAGUUAGACAUCAAGAAAUAAGACAUCCCGAUGUUAGGCAUCAGGAUAUGUCUGGGAUGAGACCUGAUAUGACCGACAUUAGAACCAAUCACGAAUAUUCCGAUCUUAAAAUGGACGAAAUGAGAUCUCAAGAUGCUAACCAACAACAGCAACAACAACAACAACAACAACAACAACAACAGCAACAACAACAGCAGCAAAAUCAAGCUCAUCAUCAAUCAAGGAAUCUCAAAAGAGCUAUGAGCGACUCUGACUGCGAUGAUGUUUUUUCCGAAGAAAGUGGCAAGGAACCAUGCAACUCACCCGGAGGUGAUUCUUGUCAGCAUGCAUCGCGUAAACGUAGAAGGGGGAUGAUCGAAAAGAAACGUCGUGACAGAAUAAACGCAUCCCUUGGAGAACUGAGAAGAUUGGUGCCUGCAGCGGCCAGAGACCCUCAUAGUGCAAAAUUGGAGAAGGCUGAAAUACUUCAGCUGACGGUCGAACAUUUACGUACGCUUAGAAAUAAAGGACCUGAUGGUUACGACAGUACUAAGUUAGCUAUGGAUUAUCAUGCAGUUGGUUGGGGUGAAUGUGCUGCUGAAGUUGGUCGUUACUUAAUCACUAUGGAAGGUUUGGAUGAGAGAGAUCCAUUAAGGUUACGUCUUCUCUCUCAUUUACAAAGUUUCCAUAGGGAACAUACAACAGGACCACCACCUUCAGCCGGUGUUCCUGGCCCAGGUGUACCUUCAGCAACAACACUUACAUCUACUUCAACAGCCAGCAGUUAUGAACCUCCUAGCACGGUAUCUACUGGUAUGCCACCAGGAGCUGGUACUAUGCCUCCUCUUCUUGGUGGUGGUGCUUUAGGUUGGAGCCAAUAUCCAACACAAUAUGCACAACAACAAGGCAAACCUUACAGACCUUGGGGAGCAGAACUUGCUUAUUGAGGAUACGAUUAUUUAGGAGAAAGUAUAUCUUCCGAUAUUAAUUUAUAAAAUUUCCUUUUUUGUUUCUUCUUUUUCUUUUCUCUUUCUUCUUUUUUUUUUAUUAUAAAUCAGUUUUUUUAUUUAAAUCAAUUUCUAUCUUUCUCUUUCGAUCGAUUAUUUCUCUAAUCGAUUGUAAUCAAAAUUGUCGAUCCUGACGAUUUAAAAAAGAGCCAAUGAAAUUUAAUAUCUUUUUUAGAUUAUUGUACAUAAGUCAUAGAUAGGUGAUAUAUUUUGUAUAAAACGAUCUCUCGAAACGUAUCUCAGGAAUUUGAUAUGACCAAAACUAUUAGGAUUAGAUACGUCCGACUAGUGAUACGAUAAUAGUCAUCAUAUAGGUAUAUAUAAUAUAUUAUAUUAUAUACGAGUACCUAAGAAAUAAUAAUAAUAAUAAUAACAAUAAUAAUAUUUAUUUGACAGAAUUAAAAUCUUGUAUAGUGUACAUAGUUUUAUCAAUAGGGUUUUUUCUUCAUAUUUGCA